UUCUAUUCCGAAGUUCCACAUACUUCAAUCUUAAUCCUUUCGAGGUGCUGCAGAUUGAGCCAGACGCCGAGGUGGCCGACAUAAAAAAACGUUAUCGUACCCUCUCCAUACUGGUACAUCCAGACAAGAAUCCCGAUAACCAGGAGCGCGCUCAAAUGGCAUUCGACAUUGUUGCUCGUUCCUGGAAGAUAUUGGAAAACGACCUAACACGCAAAAAGUGUUUGGAUGUGUACGAGGAAGCCAAGGGCCGUACAGAUCAUAUGAUUGCCGAAAAACGUAAAAAACUCAAAAAGGAAGGCAGAUCCUUUGAGCAAAUACCUGAAGACGAUCCUGCUAAAUAUAAACACGCCAUUUACGUAAUGGUAAUGAAACUCUUUGCUGACAUGGAGCGGCGAAGGCAAAAGCUUGAUCAGCGCGACCAGGAGGAGCGCAAGCGAAAGCGCGAAACCGAAAUCGAGGAAGAGGAACGCAUCAAAGCGGAUCGUGAGUGGCAGCAAAAUUUUGAGGAAUCUCGUCAAAGCCGUGUGAACAGCUGGCACGAUUUUCAGUCCGGCGCUGGCAAAUCGAAGAAAACAAAAAAGCAAAAGCAUAUGACCGGCAUGAUGGUGCCCCCAAAGUUUAAACCUGAAUCGCGAUGAAAUUUGUUUGCGACUGUCAUCGUAAACCGCCCCAUUAUUUUACACAUAUGUAUAUUUUUACA